UAUCAAAAAACGGUUGACUUUGAAUAUUCAUAAAUGAUAGAACUCGUUUACUUUCUCUCUCUGCUGUAAGUUGAAAUUCCACUGUUCUUAGCUUCAAUACCCUGAGCUUUUUUUUGUCGAUUUUGCAAUCAUCAGGAGGAAGGACUUAUUUGGAUGAAACUGGCUUAUUCAUCAUAGAGAAGGCCAACAGGUGAGAGGAAACGUCCACUGCAGUAAAGAUAGUGUGGUUAAGGACUGUACAUAGUUUGGUUCCCUCUUUUCUGUCAUAAUAAUCCAUUUCAGAACUCUUCUCUUGCUUAAGAAAACAAAAGAAAAAUGUUUCUUAUUUCAAGACGCAAUACCAUCUUUACCUUCCUCUGUUUCAUCCACUAUUAUCUUGUUCUUGUUUGCCUUUGGAUGGUUCAUGGUGAAACUCAUCUUCAAUUUUACCCCACGGAGAUUAUUGCUAUUAAUUGCGGCUCUUAUGGCAAUUCAACUUCUUUUGAUGGACGGCAAUGGAUUGGAGAUGCCACUACUAAAUUCUUUGUUAGUGAUAAACAAAAUGGUAAAACUAAAAGCUUAAAAACAGUUGAGAAAGCUCUCUCUGCUGUUGGCACUCCCUACUCGACGGCUCGGGUGUCCUAUUCACACUUCACCUACACAUUCCACAUCAUUUCCGGCCCAAUAUUCAUACGCUUGCAUUUUUAUCCUACUUCAUACAAGGGUUUCACCAGGUCAAACGCUUUCUUUACAGUUAAAGCCGGUCCUUACACCCUCCUCAGCAACUUCAGUCCUUCCUUGACAGCUGAUGCUUUUGGGUUAAAGUCUAUUGUCAAAGAAUUCUCCUUGCACGUCGAAGAAAAUAAACCAUUGCGCUUGACAUUCUCUCCAUCUAGAACUUGUUCUUGUGAUGACGAGUUGUAUGCUUUUGUUAAUGGAGUUGAAGUUGUCUCCAUGCCCAAUACCCUUUACUAUACUCCACAAGGUGAUUCAGGAGCAUCCGUUGUUGGACAGAAUCACCUGUUUCUAAUUGGUAAUAGCAUUGCACUAGAGACUGCACACAGGUUGAAUAUUGGUGGAAUCCCCCUUUUGUCUACACAACAUACAGGGAUGUUUCGCGAAUGGUCUAGCGACUCUAACUAUUUGGUUGAAUCUGGAUCAUCAAGCGUUUCGCCUUCAGCAACAUCAUCCAAUAUCAACUAUCGGAAAAUUCCCACAUUCAUUGCACCAUCAAAACUAUAUCAGACAUCCUGGGCAAUGAAGAGUGGUUUCAAACUAUCAUGGAAGUUACCUAUUGAUUUGGGGUUCAGGUACUUGGUUAGAUUCCAUUUCUGCGAGCUUGAUUACCAAAUCAAGGAGAUGGGACAAAGAAAGUUCAGUUUAUUCAUAAAUAAUCAGAUGGCUGAGAGUGAUGGGGAUCUGAUCAAGUGGGCCGGAGGGCAUGGUGUUGCAAUUUAUAAGGAUUACAUAAUGAUGAUGGAUGGAGAUAGAAUGGAGGGUAAGCAUGAUCUGCUUAUAGAUUUUUACUCAAGCAUGAUUCCUGAACUCCAGUUAGAAGAAGAACCUGCCGAUACCAUCUUAAAAGGAUUGGAAGUAUUUAAGUUGAGCAAUAAUGACAAGAAUCUUGCUGGGAUGAAUCCAGUGAUUCCUUUAUCUACAAAAUCCCAAAGGUUUGCAUCACCUUUCAGUGGUAGAAACAAUAUUUUUACAUUAGUUGUUCUUCUACUGGUUAUUCCGAACAUCAUUGUUUACUAUUUUCAAAUCUAUAUGGAAAACGUUGAUAACAAAAUUGUCUUUCCAUGCCCACCCGAUGAAAAGGUUGAUAACAAAACUGUCUUUCCCUCCCCACCUGAUGAAGAAAAGGUUGAAAAUCAUAUUGUCUUUCCCAUUCCAUACCCACCUGAAGAACUGUGUCGCCGUUUUUCACUUGCUGAACUGAAAUUCGCAACUAAUAACUUUGAUGAUGGAUUAGUUAUAGGAAGAGGAGGGUUUGGUAAGGUCUACAAAGGGAAUGUUGAAGGUGUCACCAAAACCGUUGCUAUAAAGCGAUUGAAUUCAAAUUCCAAACAAGGGGCAGAAGAGUUCUGGACAGAGAUUGGAAUAUUUUCCAAGCUUCAACAUGAUCACCUUGUCUCUUUGAUUGGUUAUUGCGAUGAGCAUAAAGAAAUGAUAAUUGUUUAUGAGAACAUGACACGUGGGUGCCUCGCUGAUCAUCUGUAUAAAAGCUAUAAUGAUGGUAAAGGUAGACUUGAACCUCUGCCUUGGAAUAGAAGGCUAAAACUUUGCAUUGAAGCUGCUCGAGGUUUGAAUUUUCUUCAUGAAAGUGAACCCACCAUCAUACAUCGGGACGUGAAGAGCACUAAUAUUUUGCUGGAUGAGAACUGGGUAGCGAAGAUUUCUGAUUUUGGAUUGUGCAGAAAGUUCAGGUUUAUCCAUUCAUGCACCCAUGUGAGCACAUCAGUAAAAGGAACAUUUGGAUAUCUAGACCCAAAGUAUUUCUUAAAUGGGGAGCUGACCAUGAAAACAGACGUUUAUGCCUUUGGAGUUGUUCUGUGGGAAGUUCUUUGUGGAAGACCGGCUAUAGACAUAAGAUUUGAGGACGAGCAACGAAGUCUUGCCUUGUGGGCCCAAAGUUGCUUUGAAGAUGGAAUUAUUGGCCAGAUUGUUGACCCUUCUUUGAGAGGCCAAAUACCUGCUUCCUCCUUGAAAUUGAUUUCCACAAUUGCCAAUGAGUGCUUACAUAAUCAUCUCAAAAAACGACCUUCUAUGGCUGAUAUUGUUUCCCGCCUUCAUUCGGAACUUGAUUCAUUAAAUAACUUGAUUAAGUUGAAGGUCCCGAAAUUUGGAUCAUGGAAUGAUGAAGAGUAUCCUGUAGAUUAUGAUCCUUCCCUGUUUGGACGUGUUUCUGUGACAAAACGUAGUAAACAUACUAGGUAUGUGAAUGAUCAUGGAAUGACGCUAAAAUCGUCAAGUCAUGAUCUUGAACAAGGUAAUCCCUCCCUUCUGUUUAGUCUCUAUUUAAAUUAUGCACACACCAACUAAAUAAGUAAAUUAAGCUCUAUUAAUUAUGUCAGUGGCAUUGCAAUGAGUUACAUAUUAACCUGUAAAUAUGACGAAUAUAAAAUUUCUUUUGAACUCA